AUGCCUCUGGAGAGUCGUCAUGGCGCUAACUUAAAGCUCUCUGAAGAUGCUCCCAUAAUUCUCCAGCUCAUCCAGGAGCUCGCCGAUUACGAGAAGGAGCCUGAUGCCAACAAGGCGACCGUUGAAAGCAUCCAGGCCACAGUCGCGUUCGCACCCUCCGACUCCCCUGAUAUCGACGCCUCCAUUAUCCCAGCCACCGAACCUAUAUCAUCAACGAAGCCUGCUCGCUGCCUUCUCCUCUUUACCCCCGAAGGUGAAGCCGCUGGCAUGGCAUUGUACUUCUAUAACUACAGCACAUGGCGCUCGCGUGCGGGUAUCUACCUAGAGGACCUAUACGUGCGCGAAUCGGCACGUGGCAAGGGAUACGGCAAGAAGCUGUUGAGCACUCUGGCUAAGCAAGUCCUUGCCAUUGAUGGCGCUCGACUUGAUUGGGUAGUCCUCAAGUGGAACGAGCCCAGCAUCAAAUUCUAUGAGAGCAUUGGUGCAUACGCCAUGAACGAUUGGGUCGGUAUGCGUGUAGAUGGCGAGGGCCUGAACAAGCUGGCCAGUUUGACGGAUUGA